AUGCCCUUCAGCGCCUUCGGCGCACUUGUGCUCCUUGUGCUGAAUCUCUCUGCAGCUACCCGUGAUGCCGACCUCGAGGUUCAGCGAAGCAGGAUGGAGACACGUCCCAGAUCCUUGCAACAUGCUGCGCAAGCGAGUCGGGAAGAGGAGUUCGGCCUGGAUCGCCCGGAUGCUGUUCGGCUGGGGGCAGGCUCAGCCCAAGGCGGCUUGUCACGCCCUGCUCGUGACCUGGACAAGGAGCAAAGCGAACAUCUCCGCCUGGAGCGGCAGCUGGCCGUGCAUCUUGACUCCGCAGAAGCCCGCGAAGUCUUGCAGAGCCAGCGCUUUUCCUCUGCUCUGUCCUCUGCCGAAGAGUUGGAUGGGGGCGACACCACGACACGAAAGCCAGCUGAGACGAGUGCGCAGCAGAACGAGUCAGCCAAAGAAGAUUUCCAGAAGUCAGCCGAAGAUUCUCAGAAAGUGAAGGAGGUCGAAAAGGUGGAAUCAGCAACCCAUGAUGCACAAGAGAAGUCCAAGAAGGUGGACAAAGACUUUGCCAAGGAGGAUGAGAAGAUCAAGAAGCUGGAUGAGACCUUGAAGAGGCUGUCUCAGAAGGUCUUCCGGUGGCAGGAGGAGAUCAUGGGGUACUUCGAAGAUGUCGAGGGUCCCAAGUAUUCUCCCCUCAUGAAUAUCAAGCUGGACCGGUCCAGGGAUGAGCGUGGGAAGGGCGACUCAGAACAGGAAGAAAGUGAUGACGUCGCUACAUCAUCAGCACCUCCCCCAGCCAGUUAG